AUGUAUCAGUACAAUUUUCUACCAUUCGGAUUGCAUGUGUCGUCUGGCCUCUUUCAAUCGGCAAUAGACAGUGUAAUCAAAGGACUCGAUGGCGUGCUUGCACAUCAAGAUGACGCCCUCAGUUUCGGCCUAAAUAAGAAAGACCAAGAUGCCCGUCUUACGCAGCUACUGGAACGAUUUGCCGCCAUAAACGUGGCUAUCAAGCCGUCCAAAUGUGUGUUUGGAGUGAGUGAGUUGGAGUUCCUAGGAUUCACAGUUGAUUCCCGUGGAUAUCGUCCCGAUCCGACACAUUUCAAACCAUUGACUAACAUCGAAUCUCCAAAAGAUCAAACGCAUUUGAGAUCGGUGAUAGGAUGCCUGCAGUACUAUUCCCGAUUUAUCCCGAACUUUCCUACAAGGGCGCAACCGCUUUUCCGUGCUCAGUGUUCAGAUGCUUGGGAAUGGUCGGUGGAGUGUGAAGAUGUCUUACGUGGUUUAAUUCGCUGCGUUACUGAUCGUCCUGUUCUCGCCCCGUUUUAA